UCCAGCAGAAACCGAGGAGAGAAAGUCGAACUCCAGAACCUAAAGAGAAAGAUCGACAGCACCUUAGCAGAAAAGUUUGCAGGGUGGCAAACAAAGAAGGUGCAGUUAAGUUGGCUGUAAGAAAAAACACUGUAAGCUGUUUUUCACCCAUCGCCGGCUACCAAAGAUCUGAUCUCCGAGCAGAGCAUUCUACGUACAUAUCCGCCUGGAGGAAAGCCCAAGGGCUUGUGAAACUAAUUUUGAACUCACCUUGCAGUGCUGUUUCAGAGGCUGAAAGAGUCAGCAUUAAGGAUCAGAAAGACCGGUCAAACACGAAGGCUUCUGAACAAUUGGCUGUUUUGAACGCUCAGACAAUCGGAAACCUUAGUUCAAACCAAAUGAAAAAGCACGAGAAUUCAUUUAAGAAGCAUCCCAGCCCCUUGAGAUGUCAGGCUCGAGUGUUGUAUUCUCCAGCAUCUGGAAAGGCAUUCAAAAGCCGUGCAGGUUCUUCAUGCCCCGUCAGAGCAGUUCCAAUGGCACACAGAAAUCAUUACUCGCACAAUUCCACCUCAGAAGUAUUUGCUAAAAACGACAACUUUACAAAAACGACAAAACCACUAGUUGCAGGUAAAGAAAACGAAGGCCAAAUGAAAUCAAACAGGCAACCUAGACAUAAUAUCCAAGGGCUGCAGGAAUAUAUGCAUCACCAGGCCGCUGAGAGAAGGAGAAAGGUGCUGCAAAUGAGGGAAGAAGCACAGCGAGAGGACGAGAGGAAGCAAAGGAAUAUGCAUGAAGUAAUUAAGAAACAAAGGCAAGUGCUCCACAGGGCCAAGAGAGAACAGCAACAGGAGUACAAGAACAGAGGCAGUCCCGAGGAGAAGGAGAGAUGUGCUCAUGUAGCUGACACAACUGAAGAACAAUUGUCUGUCUUUCCUAGACAGAACCAAAGUGUGACAGUAGCCGAGCGGGUGGAUCUGGGUGAAGCUGGCAGUCCUGUGAGUGCAGCUGAGGAAGAGUGGGCUCAACACGCUCUGGCAACUCACAGACACAGAGAGGAGGCUCUCAGGAAGACCAUCAGUGCUCUAGAUACAAACAUGGACGAUGAAGAAGCCUGGCUGCGAAUCACAGACCACAAAGGGUCUCUGAGACAGUCACAACCUGCUGGACAGGGCAUCUGUGGAGCCAAAAGGGAAACUUUGUCUGAACGUGCGGCUCCGAAUACAGACAUAGAGACAAACCACAGACAUGAAAGAGUGUCGAUUAAAAAAAAGAUUAAAGAUGAAAAAGAUGGAGUGGAUUGCAGAGCACAGAUUGACCAGACAGAAAAAGGACAGGAAGAGCAAAGUGAGAGCAGUGACUCCACAAGCAAGCGGAGUGAGCUGAGCGAGUUGUACAGCCACCUCUCCCUGGCCCAGAGCCGGCGGGUCCUGAGGGAAGACGAGCUGAGGGCACGGCAGUACAGCGCACUCUUCAGGCUCAGGGAGAAAGCGCUCCGGGAGAAGACCCAAGCUGAGCUCGACUGGUUGGAGCACUGCAGAAAUCGCGGAACUGCACAAGAUGAUAUGCUUGCUUUCACGGAGCUCAAGCAGAAGCAGGAGGAAGUAAUUCACAGAUUCCAACGAGAGCAGGCAGAGAUCCAUUCCUGGCGAAACACGUACAGAUCAGGCCAGCAGCAGAGACGGUUGCUUCUCCAUCAUCAGAGAGACAUUCUUCAUAUCAAACAGUCAGCUGUUGGCUUAAGACAAGCUCUGCUAAUACAGACUCUGCCAAAGAAAAAUGGAAUCACCAAGAAGGACAACACUUCCAGUUAUUUGGAAGAAGAGGGUGUUAUGCAGCCUGGGAUUAAGCCAGAUGCUAGGAGCACAGAUAAAGCACCAAGAGAAGAAGGGAGCUUGUUGGGCAAGGUAGGUUUGAGGAGGCUGUUGUCAUCAGAUGAAGUGUGGACUUUGGGAAGGAAGAGGAACCAAGUGGAAUUUGUCCCAGCAGAGCAGGAUAUUCUGCAAGUCGCAGAAUCAAAUAAUCCUCCAGCCAGUCCUCUCACAGAUACAGCCGACAGAACCAGGCUUCUCUUCACCUUAUCAGUCCAGAAGGAAUCAGCAAAACAAGAUCCUCAGAAGAAGGCACAACCGCUUUAUGAGGACACCAGCAAACUCCAGAGAGAAAGACCACAACAUCCAGUUGAAGUGCCAAUGAAGCCGGUGUUAAAUAUCCAGCAUUUCACACUCAAAUGUGAACCUCAUUCAGAUUCACUCAGAGCCCCAAUAGUGUCCAGUUUGUCAUCUGAAAAAAAGGAUGAUCUCGGACUGGACUCUAAGAAGAGCCAUCUUAAACCCAAGGAGCAAGAAGACAUAAAGACAAAAAACGUGGUCCAUGGCAGCACAACACCAGAUACCACAGCUCUAAAUGUACAGAACAAUCAGAGACUGACGCUGAACAACAACCACAAUAUCUGUGACCAAUAUGCCGGGGUGCAAUGGAAGUCAUCUCUUUCAUACCCCAAAACUGAUAAAACCAAUGAGUUUCCUGAACAAAAAUCUCAGGCGUGUACAAAUGAGACCAUCACAGACAAUCCACUUAUUGAAAACUUAAUUCUGGAAGCAGUAAGUGUGGAAAUCAGAAAGGCUGAGGAUAGUGCAUCUUGUGAUGUCAAAAAGUACACCGUGGUACCAGAUGAUUUGGACAAUAAACAGGAAGGACACUGUAUACCGCCGUGUUACGAAAGACAAGCGACCGUAGAGUCUACCCUGUCAGAAAUUCUCUCUCCUGUAGAUGAGGUUUUAUCUUACGGAAGUGCAGAACUCCCUCCAUCUGUUAAAGGUGGAGUGGCAUCAGGUCUUGACAGCUAUGGUUGUCCUACUCCUCCUCCUGCCUUUGAGAUUAUUACAUGGACCAGUGAGGAGGAACUUCCAGCUCCACCUGAUUCUGUAGAAGAUUUCUCAAUUAACAGCGAGAACUUCCCUCCUCUCCCUGUGGACUUCUCUCUGAAAAGAACAGAGUCUCAGAGUCUAGACUCUAACAGUCUGAGGGAAAAAGAUGUAAACGAUGAUACUAAUGGAGCUCUGUGUGAGGAUGCAGAGGAAAACGACUGUUCGGAGUACACUAGCUCACUUCCUGAAGAUGCAAGAAAUGAAAUCUCGGAUCCAUUGUCCUCCUUUCAAAUUGGAGACAGAGUUCUUGUGUGUAACUCCAGACCGGGUGUGCUGAAAUAUAAAGGGCUCACAGCGUUUGCGAAUGGGUUUUGGGCUGGUGUUGCUUUAGACGCCCCUAAUGGAAACCACAAUGGAACUUUUAGAGGUGUGAAGUAUUUCAGCUGUGACAAAAGCCACUGUGUCCUGGUGAGAGCCGAGGACAUUGCUCCCAUACACAGAGAACAUAGUAGUGAUGUAGAGACUGGAGUGGAUGAAGAUCCUUUUUCAGAUGAGGAGCAGCCUAGGGCAAAGAGAGAUAAACAACAGAAGGAUGGAUUGUCGACAGAUGGACAAAGACAUAAACUUAGUCAUUGUCCUCCAAGAGAUUUGACCAUAACUACAAUCACCACAUGCACACGGCAAAAGGAACCUCAGGAAGACAUGUCAGAUGGAGCAAGAAAACUUUCACAUGCUUUUAAAAUGCCUUUACCAAGAACAGACUUUGAGCUCCAUCAUAAUGAGCUCCUUCAAAACAGACAUCAUGAGGAUGCUAAGCUGACAGAAGAGCUGGAUAAAGAUGGAGUUCACUGUGCUCAGGAUAAUAGAAAGAGACAAAGGAUUAAAGCAUUGCAUGACAAUCACUCUACGGAUACUGAGGUCAGAAAGGGUGAGGAUGGCCAUUUUAUGCCAUGUGUCUUGGAUCAGUGGCAUCAGGCCCAACCCGACACGCCACCAAAGAUAAAAGUGCCGCCCCAUGAAGACGGCAUUGUGUACAGAUUAGUGGACACAGCGGUGGAGAUUCUGUGUGGUCAAGCAAAUGAAGACACUCUCGACCUUUAUGAAACACCAAGCUAUUUAUUUGACGAUGAUAGUCGCAAGCGUUAUCGGCAGGUGAUCUUUCAGUUAACAUCCGAUGUACUUCAUGAGAUCUUGGGCGAUCUGCUAAGGACAAAACAGUCCGCCCAGAAGACAGAUGAUCGAUCUGUGAUCUCAGCUCUGCAAUGCAGUCAAAUUUCCAUCACAUUUUUAAAGGCUGCCGUGAGAAAAGAGAUACAGAAAAUUCUGAAUUUAGAGCGAGGCGAGCAACGGAUGACAGAGAUGCUCCAAAAACUGUGCAAAUACUGGUACGCCAAGAGAGACAGAGUGGACUUUAUACUGAUUCAGGAACUUCAUAACGAGGAGAGAAGUUGGCUAGACUACAGUGCUGACCAGUACACUGUGAAAAUGCAUCUGACUGAGGAGAUUUUCAGUUUUCUUUUGGAUGACACAAUAUUAGCCCUAAAUCAUAUGCACAUUUCAACCUAAAAGUCAAGUUUCCUUUUUGGGUGAAUCUUGGGACAGAUCCUGUCAUGAGUAUGUCAGAGUCACAUUUCACUAAUUAUAUUUUGCUUGAAGAACAUAAACCCAUAAAACCCAUUUUUGGACCAUUUAGUGCAGUUUUCUUGCAUUAUGAAAUGUUCAUAGCAACUAAACACAUUUCCAAUCUUUACCACUUUUGCAAUUACAGUAAUGAAAAAAAAAUUCAUUAUGGAAAUUCUCAACAUUUUAGAUAUUGUUUACAUUUUUGAGUAUUUAUAUGUCAUAAUAUUGUUUGUAUUUUAAUAUCUGCUCACUUUAAAUAGUGCAUCACACUCAUUUGUUUACUGUAAUGGAUUUAAAGUAACACUUUAUUAAAGUAAUAAGAAUAUGAUGGAGAACAAUGGGAACUGCAAAAAAAAUUAUGGAUAUAUUACAUAAAUGAGAAUUUCAGGGCAAAAUGUGCUUAAUGGUUGUUAACAAACAUC